AGCUCAGUCACUUCCAGCUCAGUCGCUCCGCUGUAACUUAGACCGUCAACAUGUCCGCAGACCCGUGCUCCUUCUCCUCCAUCACCAGGUGCGUCACCAAACACCUGAACCUGCACCUGCACGUGGACUUCGACAGGCACGUCAUCAAAGGGAAGGUGGAGCUGACGGUGGAGGCGCUCGAGGACCGUCUCUCCGUCCUGACUCUUGACACCCGGGACCUGACCAUCGUUUCCGUGACAACCAAUGGACAAGCAGUGCGCUUCAGUCUCGGCCCCAAACACAGCUUCAAGGGAUCGCAACUGGACAUCACGCUGCCCUUUGACCUCUCCAGAGGGCAGCAUGUGAUCGUGGAGGUGACCUAUGAGACGUCUCCGUCUGCGACGGCUCUGCAGUGGCUCUCACCCGAACAGACGGCCGGGAAGAAACAACCGUACCUGUUCAGUCAGUGUCAGGCUCAUCACUGCAGGAGCAUGAUCCCCUGCCAGGACACUCCGUCUGUCAAACACAGCUACUACGCUCAGGUGUCUGUCCCUCAGGAACUGGUGGCAGUGAUGAGCGCAGUGAGAGACGGACAGGCCGCGGAUCCUCAGGACAGCAGCCGCGUCGUCUACAGAUUCAGACAGACGGUGGCCAUGCCGUCCUACCUGAUCGCGAUCGUGGUCGGGGCGCUGGAGAGCAGGGAGAUCGGCCCGAGGUCCAGAGUCUGGUCUGAGAAGGAGUUUGUGGACAAGGCGGCGUUCGAGUUCUCCGAGACCGAGACCAUGUUAAAAACUGCAGAGGAUCUCGCUGGACCGUAUGUUUGGGGUCAGUACGACAUCCUGGUUCUGCCACCGUCCUUCCCAUACGGCGGCAUGGAGAACCCCUGUCUGACCUUUGCCACGCCCACUCUGCUGGCGGGAGACAAGUCUCUGUCAAACGUGAUCGCACACGAGAUCUCGCACAGCUGGACGGGAAACCUGGUGACCAACAAGACCUGGGAGCACUUCUGGUUAAACGAGGGUCACACGGUUUACCUGGAGAGGAUGAUUGGCAGGUGUAUGCACGGCGAACACUUCCGGCAGUUUAAGGCGAUCGGCGGCUGGAAGGACCUGCAGGACUCAGUGAACACCUUUGGCGCCAACAACCCGCUCACUAACCUGGUGCCCAGGCUGGAAGAGGUCAACCCCGACGAAGCCUACUCGUCCGUCCCGUACGAGAAAGGCUUCGCGCUGCUGUAUCACCUGGAGGAGCUGCUGGGCGGACCAGAGGUGUUCAUGGGUUUCGUGAAGUCGUACAUUCAGCUGUUCGCCUACAGCAGCGUGACCACGGACGACUGGAAGAACUACCUGUUCACCUACUUCAAAGACAAGGUGGACGUCCUGAACAAAGUUGACUGGAACGGCUGGAUGUUCACACCUGGAAUGCCUCCUGUCAAACCUCAGUACGACACGACUCUGGCGGAUGCCUGCAUUAAUCUCAGCCAGAAGUGGAUCCAGGCCAAAGAACAGGAUCUGAGCAACUUCAAAGAGAGUGAUCUGAAGACACUGUCGUCCCACCAGCUGAUCGAGUUCCUGUCCCUGCUGCUUCAUGAGGAUCCUCUUCCUCUCACUCAUGUGCUGAAGAUGCAGCAGGUCUACGACUUCCACUCGUGUCUGAACGCAGAGAUCCGCUUCAGGUGGCUCAGGUUGUGCGUCCGCUCCAGGUGGGAGGAGGUGGUUCCCAUGGCGCUGAAGAUGGCAACAGAGCAGGGCAGGAUGAAGUUCACGCGGCCUUUGUUCAAAGAAGUCUACGGGUUUGAAAAGUACCGUGAGGAAGUGGUCAGCGUAUUUAAGGCUCACCGCACGGCCAUGCACCCGGUCACCGCAGGGUUGGUCAUCAAAGACCUGAAGGUGGACAUCAGCCUGUGAACCAAUCACAGACCAGUAUUACUGCGACAGCAUAGCAGCCAAUCACAGCUCUUCCCUCCAGCAGCCAAUCACAGCUUGUCUUCACUUCUCGCCUCUUUUUUUAAAUUCUCUUCUGUCGACAUGAUUCAUCUCAGGACAGAAAAUAAACAAUUUUAUAAAUAA